AAGAAUUCCCUUUGUACGUUCAGACGUUCUGUGUAUUCUGUUAGCUAUGGAGCAUGGUACAUGUAGCAUGGUACAUGUAGCAUUAUACUAUUGUGUAUGAAUAUUUCCAAAAUUUCUUUCACUCGAAUCUUGAUGUAAUAUGUGCUGCAUUUAAAGCUGAUAUUACUAUACAGAUAAAAACACAUAUAAAUCACUCAGCGUGUAAUUAAUUUCUGCGAAUUUGAAAAAUUCUAUCUUCUCUAUUGUAUAAUUUUUAAUAGCUUCAUACAAGGAUUUGUAUAAUCCUUAUCACUAUAUGAAUCCUUGGCUUCAUGUGACUAGUAUAAUAUUCAUUAUCACCAUAUUUAGCACUUGUUUAGUGUCUCCAACAUAGAAAUUGAUUUUAGCAUAAUACAAAUGCGUAUUUAUAGAUGUUUUGCGUUAUCUUUUUAUUGAAAAUGUCGCAAUGCUUGGAUCUAUAGAAAUUAUUAAAUGUCUAUACAUAGAAAAGACAUAUUAAAUGUCCCAACAGUCUUUUCAUAUUUAAUGUCAAUAUAAAUAACAUAUGUGAAAUCAACCGCGUACUUGUUAUUUGACAAUAAUCCGGUGUGAAUGUAAAAUGUGUGAAGAAAAAUGUCACAUUGUUUUUACACAAGUGGCUAAUAUAGAGACAAAAUUCCUUUUGUGAUAAACGGAUUGAAAUUGUUUCAUUUCCCUUACACGGAUUAUGUAAUACGCGGUAAUUUUGCUAUAUACGAGCUACAAUGGCUGAAGGAUUUUGUUCAAAAGUAACUGCCAUACUACGAAAACUUUACAAAGGUUUGAAAUCUUUGACUGGUUUGAUAAUUUUAUUGGUGCUUUACAAUAUAAUUGGAGCCGUAAUAUUUGUUGAGUUAGAAGCGCCGUAUGAAAAGAAAAUGGUAAUCAAAGAAAAACCAGAGCACAAGGAACUUAUUCGGCUCUUAACAAACGUAGCGGUGGCGUUAAACAGCUCCGAGUUUGAAAUACUAAGAAAUAAAACUUUUGAUCUGAUAAAUCAAUAUGACAUUGAAGCUGUGGAAGGUAAAUCUGAGGGAACGUGGGAUUUCUGGAAAGCUUUGUUUUUCUGUGCAACUAUCUACACAACGAUAGGAUAUGGAAACAUCUAUCCAAAAACUGAUGCUGGAAAGGUUGCUGCUAUAUUUUAUGCAGUAUUCGGAAUACCACUCGCCAUGAAAGUUUUAGCUGUACUUGGAAAAAAGUUGAUGAUAAUUCUUAAGUUUUUCUAUUUGCUCGUGAAAAGAUGUUUCAAAUGCAAAGGCCGAAAUAAUAACAGAUACACCGUUCGAGAUAAACAAACAAAUAACGUUGAUUCCGUCGAACUAUCAGAAAUAGACAAAAGUGAUAUAAAAAUAGAACAAGGAAAUAAGGAAGAAAGAAUAAAAAAAGAAAUUGAAAAUAAACUUCCAAUAGCGGUUCCAAUAAUAAUUCUAAUCAUUUAUAUUUUCCUUGGAGCCAUAAUGUAUACGUUGUGGGAAGACUGGGGCUAUCUAGAUGCGUUUUACUUCGUUUUUAUAUCAGUAAGCACUAUCGGCUUUGGAGACAUUACACCAGUGCAUACAAAGUUCUUUAUAGUGUCUUCUAUUUAUGUUUUUAUAGGUUUGGCAUUGGUAUCAAUGUGUAUUAAUGUUUUAAUUGACUUUUACAUAAUGUCCAUUAAACUAGCAGUUCAUCAAAUGGAUGUCGUAAAAUCAACCGUAAAGAAGGGAUGUCGUUGUGGAAGCAGACGACAAAGUAUAUGAAUUUAGACCUACAACUUAAAGUGAUUUUGUUUUAAUGUUUUAAUUACUCAAAGUGAAAUAGAUUGGACAUAAGUUAGUGUCGCUGAGAAGGUAGUUAACAUAGGCACAUUGUCAUCGUUUUUAUUCCGGACCUUUUUUCCGCAGUUACCAAAUGCUUUUAACAUGAACAUUGCAGUUACACGGCGGUAAACGAAAGUAAAUUGCACUUUUUUACCUGUUGCUUUUUUACGUUAGCUUAGUAUUGAAUUAAAUGCCGUUAUAUGGAAUAUGUGUAAUGGACAUAGAAAAUCGUAUAUCUUGUACAAAAAAAAAAAAAACUUGUGAAAAAUUGUACAAAAAUGUGCAGUGUCAUAGUAUGAAUUAGACCUUAGGAAAAUGUGUAAAAUGUCGUAGUGUAAGUCAAUGAGUAGGAAAAUGUGGAAAGUAUAACUCAUCAACUGUGUAUGAAGGAGUAUUUGCAGAAUGUCAAUGUAUAAACAAAUGACUUUGGGAAAUGUGAAGUAUUGUCAUAUUUUGUGAAUAUUUUUCUAGAAUACAAUGCUACCAAAAUA